AUGAGCUCAAAGCCUGAAGUACCGGACGCAUGGGAUGACAAUUGGGAAUCCCAAGCUGAUAAAAUAGCCGAUCAGCCUACCCCGCCGCCCGAGAAGAAGGUCUCAUCUAAAGUCACAAAGGCUCAGCGCAGAGCGCAACAAGCUGAAUUCAACAGACAGCUUUGGGCAGAAGCGUAUGAUUUUCUUUGGACCCAAGCAUUUAAUAUUGGAUAUCUCGGCGCUAACCAGAAUACUCGCUAUAGUGAAGCUCCUACGCAAGCAUUCCAUUUUGUUGAAGCCCGCUCUGAAGUACCGCUCAAACAGGAGUUCAAGCCUACCGUGACCUUGCUUAGUCGGAGGCCCCAAAUAGCGACACGACAAACCUCUUCCUCAGGUGACGUUGACAGUGCUGCGAUUGGCGUCGGGCAACUAGGCCUCGAUGACGGGGACUCGGAUGAAGAGGCUAACAAGCCUCCCGAGCCGACCCCAGAAGAACGCCAGGCAAUAGCACUUAAGAAUCUUGAGGAGAAGCAGCGCAAGUACGAAGAGGUCCGUGAAAGGCUUUUUGGUAGCCCAUCAGCGACAACAUCGGGCAACUCAUCUCCCGGGAGUACGACUCCUCCUCGCCAGCCUCAAUCAGGCGAGGGACGAGGUAAAGGCAAAGGUCGAGGUGGAGGACGGGAGAAAAGAGACUCUUCUACGGCAUCGAGUCGGUCUAAGAAUCUCUACGAUCCUUCUAAUACGACUAGAUUAAAUGGAUCACACCCGCAACGGCGCGAGCGUCAGCAGAGCAACCAAAAUACUCCAGACAAGCAAUCCGCUCCACAACAGCCAUCUCGCACCCCACGAGGUCCAGAUGGAAGCGGAAGAGGUGGUUAUGGAUUUGGGAACAGAGGUGCGCGAGCGAGUUAA